GGAGCCGCCGGGGCAAAGGCGCAGCAGCAGCCGGUAGCCAGGCUCUCGCUGCCCGGCUCGCUCUCUGCGCUCCGGGGAAGCCGAGCCGGCGAGCCCCAGCGACCCGCCCUCCAGAAUGAAGAAGCUCCAGGGAGCUCACCUCCGCAAGCCCAUUACCCCAGACCUGCUGAUGACCCCUAGUGACCAGGGGGAUGUGGACCUGGACAUGGACUUGGCUGCAGACCGGGGAAACUGGACAGGCAAGCUGGACUUCCUGCUCUCCUGCAUUGGCUACUGCGUCGGCCUGGGCAACGUGUGGCGGUUCCCCUACCGAGCCUACACCAACGGAGGAGGUGCCUUCCUCGUGCCCUACUUCCUCAUGCUGGCCAUCUGCGGCAUCCCCCUCUUCUUCCUGGAGCUCGCCCUGGGUCAGUUCUCCAGCCUGGGACCCCUGGCCGUGUGGAAAAUCAGCCCCCUCUUCAAAGGUGCCGGCGCGGCCAUGCUGCUCAUCGUAGGCCUGGUGGCCAUCUACUACAACAUGAUCAUCGCCUACGUGCUCUUCUACCUCUUCGCCUCCCUCACCAGCAACCUGCCCUGGGAGCACUGUGGCAACUGGUGGAACACAGACCUCUGCCACGAGCACAGGGGGGCCCAGGACCGCAACGGGGCGCUGCCCCUCAACCUCACCAGCACCGUCAGCCCCAGCGAGGAGUACUGGAGCCGCUACGUCCUCCACAUCCAAGGCAGCCAGGGCAUCGGCAGUCCCGGGCAGAUCCGCUGGAACCUGUGCCUCUGCCUGCUGCUGGCCUGGGUCAUCGUCUUCCUGUGCAUCCUCAAGGGGGUGAAGUCCUCGGGCAAGGUAGUAUAUUUCACAGCCACGUUCCCCUACCUCAUCCUGCUCAUGCUGCUGGUCCGUGGAGUCACCCUCCCUGGGGCCUGGAAGGGCAUCCGGUUCUAUCUCACCCCCCAGUUCCACCACCUGCUGUCUUCCAAGGUGUGGAUCGAAGCUGCUCUGCAGAUCUUCUACUCCCUGGGCGUGGGCUUCGGGGGUCUGCUCACCUUUGCCUCCUACAACACGUUUCACCAGAACAUCUACAGAGACACCUUCAUCGUCACCCUAGGCAACGCUGUCACCAGCAUCCUGGCUGGCUUCGCCAUCUUCUCCGUGCUGGGCUACAUGUCUCAGGAGCUGGGCGUGCCUGUGGACCAAGUAGCCAAAGCAGGCCCCGGCCUGGCCUUUGUCGUCUACCCACAGGCCAUGACCAUGCUGCCUCUGUCGCCUUUCUGGUCUUUCCUCUUCUUCUUCAUGCUGCUGACUCUUGGCCUGGACAGCCAGUUUGCCUUUCUGGAGACGAUCGUGACAGCGGUGACGGAUGAGUUCCCGUACUACCUGCGGCCCAAGAAGGCCGUGUUCUCGGGGCUCAUCUGCGUGGCCAUGUACCUGAUGGGGCUGAUCCUCACCACGGACGGGGGCAUGUACUGGCUGGUCCUCCUGGACGACUACAGCGCCAGCUUCGGGCUCAUGGUGGUGGUGAUCACCACGUGCCUCGCCGUCACCAGGGUGUAUGGCAUCCAGAGGUUCAGCCGGGACAUCCACAUGAUGCUGGGCUUCAAGCCAGGCCUCUACUUCAGGGCCUGUUGGCUGCUCCUGUCCCCAGCCACACUCCUGGCCUUGUUGGUGUACAGCAUUGUCAAGUACCAGCCUUCUGAGUACGGCAGCUACCGCUUCCCUGCCUGGGCCGAGCUCCUGGGCAUCCUGAUGGGCCUGCUGUCCUGCCUCAUGAUCCCGGCUGGCAUGCUGGUGGCCGUGCUGCGAGAGGAGGGCUCGCUCUGGGAGCGGCUCCAGCAGGCCAGCCGGCCAGCCAUGGACUGGGGCCCGUCGCUGGAGGAGAACCGGACAGGCAUGUAUGUGGCCACGCUGGCCGGGAGCCAGUCGCCCAAGCCGCUGAUGGUGCACAUGCGCAAGUACGGUGGUGUCACCAGCUUCGAGAACACGGCCAUCGAGGUGGACCGCGAGAUUGCCGAGGAGGAGGAGGAGUCUGUGAUGUGAGGCAGGAGGCAGAUGGACAGGAGGCCCUGCCCUCUGAGGUCACUGCAGUGGUGCCAAUCCCCCCGUCGAGUCCCUGCUGCAGCCCUGCCCCAUCAGGUCCCCUACAUACGCACACACGCACGUGCACCCAUGCAGAGCUGGGGGUGACCCAGCUCGGCCCCCACCCUGAGGCCAGGAGCGAGGCACUGGCCCAAGGUCACAUGGUGCAGGGGACGUGACCCAGGCCUCCUGACCAGCCAGCCCUCUUUCCCAUGGGACAGCUUCUUGUCUCUGUCCAGACCCGCCCCUCCCUCUCUUGGGAGCCCGUGCCCGCACACCCAGGUGUCGGGGGUCGGUCAGUUAAGUGGGGAGAGAGAACCCAUAGCCUCCUGUGUGCAGGCCCGGUUUCUUGAAAGAGGCAGGGGCUGGGGGCCCUGGAGGAUGGGAAAGGCCUGCAGACAGAGCAGGAGGAGGGCAGGCUGAGGAGCCCCCGGGCAGGAGCUGCCAGCAGAGCCAGGAUGAGGCCGAGCUGUCUGGGGCAGACAAGGCCAUGUCAGGAGGAAGAACCGUGGGUGGGCGGGCCAGGGGUGCUGGAGUGGGCGGGGACUUGCAUGGGACUGGGUUGGGGGUCCAAGCAGGGGGACCGGGGGCACAGGGUGGAGGUGGGAGGCCUGCGGAGGGCAGACAGGAGGUGCAGAUGGCCUGGGUAGGGUGCUGCGGUUGGGGUAUGGAAAGAAAGGAGAAAAGCCCAUACCUUCAGCCCUGUACCGGGGCUCGGCUUUGGAGGUGGCCUUAGGAGUCACAGCCAGGCCCCAGGCCCCAGGCCCCAGGCCCCAGGCCCCAGGCCCCCGGCCCCCUCUGCUCCUUCCUCCCAGCCUUCGCUGUCUCCUCCAGCUCUGGCACUGCUGGGAAGUUGGCUUUGACCAUGAGUGACCAGGGCAACCAAGGGACUUGGAGAUGGCCCCGCAUCCUGCUCCGGAACACGGGUCCUGGAGCCCAUGAGAGGGCAGAGGCAGAGAGGCAGCCCGCGGUAGACGGGGCGGGUGCAGGUGUACCUAAGCGGGGCUCCCGCACACGGCCCUCCCCGGGGGCAGGGAGCCCUCGUGCAGCUGCAGCUGGGCCCGGGGCCCUGGCUCUCUCCUGACGCCGCCCCAACCCAUCUGUCCUGUGUUGGUUGAUUGUUAAUAAAACCAAAUGAGGUCAUCCUCCGGAUCCUGACUCCUUACGGCC